UCUCUCUCAGCAUAGUGCUGGAGUGAUUUUGUUUCAGCUGCUAAUUCGACAAAACUGAAACAAUUUUGUGUGAGUCGCAUGCUCCUCAUUGAUAAAUCAACCUUAACACUGCAGGGUUAGUGUCUCUUGAUAAUUAAUGACUCUUUAAAAAGGUAAAGCCCAGUGUUCGUUUCCUUUCCCAUAAUGUUUUUAUUUGCCACGGUGGCAAUGAUGCCAUGCCCAUUUUGUGUUGUAGCCACUCGGAUGACGCAGUUUUUGACUGCAACCGUUUGAUCCACGCUGUGAUUCUCACGGUUGUAAGGUUGGGCAUAUCAUAACUGCAGAAUGACGAAUAGGUGGUGGGGAGGUUGGAUUAAACAAAACAUCGCAACAGCGAAAGCUAAGUCUGCGAAAGCUGUGGAGCUUUUGACCCGUGAUCUGGCUGAAUUUACUCAGGUUAUCCAACAGGAUACUGUGACUACAAUUUCAGCGACAGCCUUAGCAUUCAAAGAGAAACUUAAUGUUGAGGAGCACACAGAAGGUGGUCAGGUAUUUAGCAAGGGGCUUUCAAACUUGCUUGGAGUGAUCUCUGAUGCGUUUGCACCUACAGUGGAAGAAUCUGUCACUUCUGAUAUACAAGCAGUAAAUGACUAUCAGAUGAGAAUUAGUGAGCCAUAUGAUAGUCUGAAGGCCCGACUCUGUAACCUUCAGGUUGAUCCUGCAACAUACUCCAUGAAACCAGAUGAACAGUAUAACUCCUGGUUGUUGAGCUUCACCUUGGCGGAUGAGAAGUGUAUUAUAUCUGACCUCUUGGACAAUAAUCCACCCAUAAGAGAUCUUUAUGCAAAACUGGUUCCCUCUGAAAUUACUCAUUCAGACUUCUGGUCUCGCUAUUUCUAUAGAGUCCAUCAGCUUCACCAGGAAGAAGCUCGGAGAACAGCUUUAAAACAAAGAGCAGAACAAAGUACAUACUCUGUGGACCUUAAAUGGGAAGAUGACGAAGAUGAGUGGAAUGAUACAAGCCUUUCUGCUUUUAAACCAAAAGACCUAAAUAUGGUAACUAAUGACAGGUAUGAACUACCAGGAAACAAAAUGGAAGAAACUGGUUCGAGAGUUGCUGUGUCAGUUCUUUCUGACAACGCAUCUGAUGAAAUCCAGCCACUUGCUUUGCUUUCCAUUGGGGACACUCCCGGAAUCCAAUUGAAACACCACCCAGCAGGAGAAACUAUCCAAAUAUUGGAAUCAGGUUUGGAAAUAGAGAAGAAGCUUGAAAAUAAAAUGGUUUUAAAAGAAGAUUUGUGUGAUAAACUAUUUGGAGAUGAGGGAAUAAGUACCGGGGGUGAGGAUUCUCCAGGUUUUGAAGAGUCCCUGAUGUCCACUCUCGAGAGAAAUCACGAUCGUCUCCAUUUACAAUCUGAAAUUGCUAAAAAUACAUCCAUCAAUUUAAAUUCAAAUGUUGAAGACUCUGCUUUUUUGGGUAUCAAAGGAAACACUGAUUAUUUUGAAAACUGGGAUGAAGACCUUGAUCUGGACAUGACUGAAGAGGAAAUCCAGUUGACUUUAUCUCGAGCUGAAGCCUCAGGAGAGCUUGAUCCUGAAGACUGGGAUGACUGGGUAUGUGAACAGAAGUAAAUACUUUACACAACUAGACUAUUACCUGCAGAGCAUAAAUAACUGGAAACCAUGUCAGAAGCUGUUGCCAUUAUUCUUGUGUUGCGUCAAAAGUGACAUCAAACAGUUUAUGGACACCACGACAACUUUUUAAUUUCAAAUGGAAUAUGUUCAGACAAUCGUUUUUAUGUUAAUGUGCAGCUUUAUGAAUGGAUUGAAGAUCUGUAUUUGACCAGAUGCCAAAUUUCAACAGUAAAUGCUAAGAAUGAGCAAACUUCUGGCAGCCUUAAUACUGUCUGGGAAUACUGUCAAACUGUGCAAGUUGAUCUGUUACAAAGGAGGUGUUGGUAAUCUCCCUCUAUAGAAGAUUACACAGUGAAUUAGCUAACCUGCCUAAAGUAUUCAAUAGCUCCUCAGAAUGAUUGCUGCCAUUUGGAAGUUAAGAUGUCAUUGCUAUUUGAGCAACCGGCUAGAAUGUAAACUGUAACUCUCUCUUCUCGAUCUGACUGCUAACGUUCCUCAGCAUCAUGACUGAAACACCAUCCAGGAAACAAAAACCUCCUAGGCAAGAUCUCACUGUGUGCAAAUUGAUACAUCUCACUGAUGAGUAUUAUGAAGGUGGUGUGACUUUUCCUAGUGCUACCAAAUAAAUCUAUCGUUCCUUACAACCUCCCAGUGCUUUUAUUAACAGAUCCUGAAAUUGAUGCUGCUGUGCUUUCCAGAUUGGCAUCCAGUCAACCUCGGUCCUGAUGCAUUUUUUUUUUCCAAACUCCAAUUGAUCUGCAUCCUCACAUCUAGGAAUUUUAGAGCCUUAAACUUGGACUUCCUACUUUCAGUGUCACAGAGAUUUACUGCUAUUGCACGAAUCUUGUAUCCAACUGCAUUUCUUAAACAGAAAAUUUAUUUUGCAAUGAAUUUUUAGUUUUAUUUCAGCAUUAAACACGACUCUAUCCUCCAGCUCAUUUCAUCUUAAACUGAGACCUGCUGAGUUUGUAAGUAGGCCUUCACUUGCUCAGUGCCUUAGUAGCCUUUUGAAGACAGUUACAACAAUUUAAUAACUCAUGAAACAAAAAGUGGUAGAAUAUUCAUUUUCAGUCUUUUGAGAAGAAAGAGCCUCAUAACUUGCCAAGGGACAGUCUUGGAGAUGUGGGAGAAAGUCAAGAAUAGGGAAUUGUGGCUGCAAACUGACUUGUUCCAUAGCAUACACUGUACAUCAAUAAACUGAACUAUAUGCUAUAAAUUUCACCAAUUGUUCUCAAGGCAAACAUUUCCUUCUGCAUUCACUGUUAGUAUUUGGGUUGGUGAUAUUUGUAAUGGUUUCAAAAGCUUUACUUUGCCAUCUCCUCCUGGUCUUUAUUUAACUAAGAUUUGUUCCAACUUCCAGUCACAUUCUCCUACAUAACAGUUUGUAAAACCAUAGAUUCAAUUUUCAGUCAGGUCUCCAGUGAUAUUAAAACAAUGUUUAUGUAACACCUGCUCCUGUCAGUAUUCAAUGUGCCUGGUGCUGAAAAAUUGUGCACUUUUCUGUUGGUGAUAUCUGUUGGUUUCAGUGCAGUGUUUAAACUGUUUCUAUCUUUACUGCAGCAUAAUGAAUCUUUUAACCUCUAAAGCAUUUUUUCCUUGGUCUAGUCAAGUUUGCUGUCAAUUUCUAGGUAACGUACAUUAGAACUGUCAAGUUUAACUUUGUUCAAUACCCAACUGGCAGUGCAAAAUUCUCUGGCCAGCUUACUCUUAAACUGCAUGUAAAUUGCUGCAAAUUGUUAAUAAAUUGGAUACAAUUCAAUCAGAUGUUGGUCUGAUUAGAGUGAGCAACAAUAGGUGGUUCCUUUCACUGUUAAUAAGAGUUCCCACACAGUCUACACAUUGCUUCGAUUAACUUUUUUGUUUAUAUAUAAUAAACUAUACUAUUGGAUGUGAAAGUGAAAGAAGUAAUUCUUAGUUUAUUUUCCCUUGUUCUUUGAUUUCUGGGAUUUUAUUUUUUUUAAGUUGAAAGCUCAUAGGUGAUCUGAAAAAUAUUGUAGUAAAGGUUUCCUUUGAUCCCUCUAGGGAAUUACAAAUUCAAUCAUCUAACUUUUAAAGUAGAAUCCCAACAUCAAGCGAGUCACGUUCCCAAAAAGACACAAAGUCUUCUACAUUUAUUGUAACUCUGAUUUGGGUGAGUGACUUGUGUUUGAAUAUAAAAAUAAAUUGUUUUUAUGGUGUGAAUGCUGCAAAAAUAAUGUGUUGAAUGUUUGUUGAAAAAUCACAAGACAAUAUCCAAAUGUUUCCUCUGGUAUUCUGACCAUCCCCAUUUUUGUGUGCCAACUAAAUAAACGUAUGUAAUAAUUUAUAAUGUAAGAAUUCCACAGGAAAGAGAAUUAAAAGACUACACCCUGUUUGAACAAA